UAUUGCUUUGAAUUUUCCUCUUCCCUUUUUUCUCCUGCAACAGAUUGAAGUGAAAUCCACAUAGAUGACGUUGUGCUAGCUGGAAAUCAAUUUUUUACCUCAUAAUGAAGGUUAUUUGUGCCCUGGUUUCCCUGUUGCUCUUCGCGGGCGGAGGGUACACCGCCCCAUCAGGGGCUCCUGACCAAGGUCAACCGGAAACGGAAGUGCUCCCUGUCGAUGACACUGAAGAUAAAGGCCAACAGCCUUUAUCCAACUUGCCCAAGCCAGGGGAUGGGAAACUGAUACCUGAAUUCGCAUCAGAAGAACCUUUGGCAGACAAGAUUGACGGGAAUGAAGAAGGAGACGAUAAUAAAGAACUGGAAGAUAUAUCAUACGUUUCUGCAAACGAUGAAGAUGACAUCUCUGAAUACUCAAUGUCCUAUCCGUCGUGGUUGCCUGAUGGGUUUUUCACAAGUAUCAACGACGUAGACGCCGAACAGACCGAGGAAGCUAUCCUGGAUGGGAUCGAAGCUGCGCUUGUCAAUGAGAAAAUUGAGCCGCUGUACAGAUCGAUAUCACAUCUGAAGUCGCUUCUGCAUCAGCUGCGGGAGAAGGCCAGUCAGGACCUGGAGUCGGCGUCCGGGGAGGAGAGUUUUUAUUCAUCUUCAGGGGAAUCCUACGAUGAUUCAGCCACGCAGGGCGACGACGACUUAGACAUGAUGGCCGGGAACGGAUAUGGUGCUGUUUCAGAUGAUAGACAACGCUUCCCCGGUCAGGUAAUCCAAGGUAACCAAGAAGUGCCAAAGAACGGCUCAAAGGCAAUACCGAAGAACAAUGCCAUUGAGUCAGCAAUGAACAACGUUCCUGAAACAUACAGGAAGGCAAAUCACAUAAAGCCUGGUCGACGUUUCAAGAGAGACUUAGGUUGGGGACGCCGGGGCAAACCAAGGUAUAACAACUUGGCAGUUGCUGAUGCAGAUGAUGACAGCAUAUCGUCUGCGUUUGCAGAUGAAACCGUUGAUGGUGACUCUGCGCUAGAGUCAUCAUGGAUGAGUUCUUCCGAUGCAGGGGACUCCGUUCUUGAGCUCAACGAUAUUGGGAGGAAACCGCUGAACUUUCAACAAAGAAUAGAAAUUAAACCAAGAGAGGAAACAAACUGGAGAAAGGUCUUUCUUAAUCUGCGCGGUCGUCUUGGAGCGCCUAUACAAAGGCUGGACAGAAGGAGAAGAAAUAAAGAGGAUCUGAAAACAUUCCUCAACAGCAUGCCAACUUUGGAAGGUCUCCGGAAACGCACAUUAAUUCCCGAUGAAGAUGAGGACGAGGAGUAUGAAAUACCAGACCCGGGACCGUUCUACCCCGAGCCGCUGAAUCUUCCACCACCAGACAACGUUAUCCGCCCAGAGCUACCACCUGAUGAUACGUUGCCAUGGGAACUGCCUCCUGAUUUCGACGAGGACAACGCCUUGCUGGAAGAGCAGACGAAUGGCCUUGAUAUGAUCAACCAUUAUAAUAAACGAUAUCGGUAUCUUAGGGAUGUUGAGCGUUCCAUCAUGGAUGAAUCCCUAGAAGACUUGGCCCUACAGCUAGCCGGAAGGCAGCCAUCGAGGUCUAACGCUCUUAGGGUUCGGAGAGUCAUGCAGAUUCCACCACCGCCUCCAUACGGAAGAAAGGUGGUGAAAUCACUCUACAGGAAGAAAGCAUAUGGCUAUCCUUUCAUGGCAGACGAGUUCGCUGAUGAGUUGAUUCCCAACUCAUGGGAGUCCGGUGGAGAGGAUUUCGACCAACCCUACAAUGCCUUCAACCCGCAGGACCUGGACGAACCACAUUCGUGGGGAGAGUACCUCCAGUUUGGUCGUAUCGAAGGUCCUGAUGAAGCCUCGGAUAUGGUAUCCCGGCUGAUGUCCGCAAUCAAGACCAAGGAAGCCAAAGAUACCAUCCUUGAACAUCUAUUGCACAUCAGGGAUGCGUCUCCAGAACUCCAGAGAGAAAUCCUCCUCCAGGCAUUGAUGGCUGAAGCUGAUCCAGUGGAUGGCGGACCCAACAACGCCGUUGGCUAUGACAACCAGCAGUUCGAUUCGGAUGAGGACACGCAGUGGGGUAACUUCAAAUCCAACGAGGAAGCCGACGACGAUGGCGAAAAUGCAAUAUCCGACGACCAGACUGAAGGCGAAGGAAGCCAUGACACUAAACAAAACGACGCAGUAGGAAACACCGUGGAAGUGGGUGGCUGGGACAGUUCUUUAUCUGGAGAGGAUAAAGGGACGAACGAAGCCGAAUAUUUUUCAGAUGCUUCCGAAUCAGACGCCUCAGUUCCCGACUGGGAGGAUAUCCCAGACGAACUCCAAUCAAACAUUCCUCAACUCUUUGAAGAGAUGAAACAACAAAUUUUGAUCCAAAAACUUGCCGAAUUUUUACAACGUACCGCUAGCAGUGAAAACCGAAGAAUAUAA